AUGAUCCCUCUAACGGUCUAUGAUUCUAUAACAGUCUAUGAUCCUCUAACAGCCUAUGAUUCUAUAACAAUCUAUGAUUCUCUAACAGUCUAUGAUUCUCUAACAGUCUAUGAUUCUCUAACGGUCUAUGAUUCUAUAACAGUCUAUGAUUCUCUAACAGUCUAUGAUCCUCUAACAGCCUAUGAUUCUAUAACAAUCUAUGAUUCUCUAACAGUCUAUGAUCCUCUAACAGCCUAUGAUUCUAUAACAGUCUAUGAUUCUCUAACAGUCUAUGAUUCUAUAACAGUCUAUGAUUCUCUAACAGCCUAUGGUUCUCUAACAGUCUAUGAUCCUCUAACAGUCUAUGAUUCUAUAACAGUCUAUGAUUCUCUAACAGUCUAUGAUUCUCUAACAGCCUAUGGUUCUCUAACAGUCUAUGAUUCUCUAACAGUCUAUGAUCCUCUAACGGUCUAUGAUUCUAUAACAGUCUAUGAUCCUCUAACAGCCUAUGAUUCUAUAACAAUCUAUGAUUCUCUAACAGUCUAUGAUUCUCUAACAGUCUAUGAUUCUCUAACGGUCUAUGAUUCUAUAACAGUCUAUGAUUCUCUAACAGUCUAUGAUCCUCUAACAGCCUAUGAUUCUAUAACAAUCUAUGAUUCUCUAACAGUCUAUGAUCCUCUAACAGUCUAUGAUUCUAUAACAGUCUAUGUUUCUCUAACAGUCUAUGAUUCUAUAACAGUCUAUGAUUCUCUAACAGCCCAUGGUUCUCUAACAGUCUAUGAUCCUCUAACAGUCUAUGAUUCUAUAACAGUCUAUGAUUCUCUAACAGUCUAUGAUUCUCUAACAGCCUAUGGUUCUCUAACAGUCUAUGAUUCUCUAACAGUCUAUGAUUCUCUAACAGCCUAUGGUUCUCUAACAGUCUUUGAUUUUCUAACAGUCUAUGAUCCUCUAACGGUCUAUGAUUCUAUAACAGUCUAUGAUCCUCUAACAGCCUAUGAUUCUAUAACAAUCUAUGAUUCUCUAACAGUCUAUGAUUCUCUAACAGUCUAUGAUUCUCUAACAGCCUAUGGUUCUCUAACAGUCUAUGAUCCUCUAACAGUCUAUGAUUCUAUAACAGUCUAUGAUUCUCUAACAUUCAGUGAUUCUCUAACAGCCUAUGGUUCUCUAACAGUCUAUGAUUCUAUAACAGGCUAUGAUCCUCUAACAGUCUAUGAUCCUCUAACAGUCUAUGAUUCUAUAACAGUCUAUGAUUCUCUAACAUUCAAUGAUUCUCUAACAGCCUAUGGUUCUCUAACAGUCUAUGAUCCUCUAACGGUCUAUGAUUCUAUAACAGUCUAUGAUUCUCUAACAGUCUAUGGUUCUCUAACAGUCUAUGAUCCUCUAACGGUCUAUGAUUCUAUAACAGUCUAUGAUUCUCUAACAGCCUAUGGUUCUCUAACAGUCUAUGAUUCUCUAACAGUCUAUGAUCCUCUAACGGUCUAUGAUUCUAUAACAGUCUAUGAUCCUCUAACAGCCUAUGAUUCUAUAACAAUCUAUGAUUCUCUAACAGUCUAUGAUUCUCUAACAGUCUAUGAUUCUCUAACGGUCUAUGAUUCUAUAACAGUCUAUGAUUCUCUAACAGUCUAUGAUCCUCUAACAGCCUAUGAUUCUAUAACAAUCUAUGAUUCUCUAACAGUCUAUGAUCCUCUAACAGUCUAUGAUUCUAUAACAGUCUAUGUUUCUCUAACAGUCUAUGAUUCUAUAACAGUCUAUGAUUCUCUAACAGCCCAUGGUUCUCUAACAGUCUAUGAUCCUCUAACAGUCUAUGAUUCUAUAACAGUCUAUGAUUCUCUAACAGUCUAUGAUUCUCUAACAGCCUAUGGUUCUCUAACAGUCUAUGAUUCUCUAACAGUCUAUGAUUCUCUAACAGCCUAUGGUUCUCUAACAGUCUUUGAUUUUCUAACAGUCUAUGAUCCUCUAACGGUCUAUGAUUCUAUAACAGUCUAUGAUCCUCUAACAGCCUAUGAUUCUAUAACAAUCUAUGAUUCUCUAACAGUCUAUGAUUCUCUAACAGUCUAUGAUUCUCUAACAGCCUAUGGUUCUCUAACAGUCUAUGAUCCUCUAACAGUCUAUGAUUCUAUAACAGUCUAUGAUUCUCUAACAUUCAGUGAUUCUCUAACAGCCUAUGGUUCUCUAACAGUCUAUGAUUCUAUAACAGGCUAUGAUCCUCUAACAGUCUAUGAUCCUCUAACAGUCUAUGAUUCUAUAACAGUCUAUGAUUCUCUAACAUUCAAUGAUUCUCUAACAGCCUAUGGUUCUCUAACAGUCUAUGAUCCUCUAACGGUCUAUGAUUCUAUAACAGUCUAUGAUUCUCUAACAGUCUAUGGUUCUCUAACAGUCUAUGAUCCUCUAACGGUCUAUGAUUCUAUAACAGUCUAUGAUUCUCUAACAGUCUAUGAUCCUCUAACAGCCUAUGAUUCUAUAACGAUCUAUGAUUCUCUAACAGUCUAUGAUUCUCUAACAGCCUAUGGUUCUCUAACAGUCUAUGAUCCUCUAACAGCCUAUGGUUCUCUAACAGUCUAUGAUUCUCUAACAGUCUAUGAUUCUCUAACAGCCUAUGGUUCUCUAACAGUCUAUGAUCCUCUAACAGUCUAUGAUUCUCUAACAGCCUAUGGUUCUCUAACAAUCUAUGAUUCUCUAACAGUCUAUGAUUCUCUAACAGCCUAUGGUUCUCUAACAAUCUAUGAUCCUCUAACAGUCUAUGAUUCUAUAACAGUCUAUGAUCCUCUAACAGGCUAUGAAUCUCUAACAGUCUAUGUUUAUCUAACAGUCUAUGAUUCUCUAACAGUUUAUGAUCCUCUAACAGUCUAUGAUUCUCUAACAGUCUAUGAGUAG